UUCGUUCCCGAAGAGUAUCCAAUCGCUGUCCAAAACUCCAUCGGCGUUCCUUCGUUUCCCCGGGAUCGCUCAUUGCCAUAGUCGGCUUAGCAUCUUGCUUCGUUCAUUACAACUAGCCGGCUGCGUUCCUGGACCGAAUUUCCGCCGUCGGGAGACAUAGAGAGGAAGCAGAAGAAGAUAGUGAGAUGUCGGUGUUGAUAGUGACGAGCUUAGGGGAUUUGGUGGUCGACUUGUUCACCAACGAGUGCCCUCUCACCUGCAAGAACUUCUUGAAGCUCUGCAAGAUGAAGUAUUUCAAUGGGUGCCUGUUCCACACGAUUCAGAAGGAUUUUACUGCACAGACUGGCGAUCCUACCGGCACAGGAGCUGGUGGUGACUCAGUCUACAAAUUUCUUUAUGGAGACCAAGCCCGCUUCUUCAACGAUGAAAUUCAUCCUAAUCUGAAACAUACAAAGAUGGGAACUUUUGCGAUGGCUAGUGCUGGAGAAAAUAUGAAUGCUUCACAGUUCUACAUCACGUUACGUGACGACCUGGACUAUCUGGACGGGAAGCAUACUGUUUUUGGAGAGGUAGCAGAAGGACUGGAAACUACUUUGACUAGAAUCAACGAAGCUUAUGUAGAUGAAAAGAACAGGCCAUAUAAAGAUAUAAGGAUAAAGCACACAUAUAUACUUGAGGAUCCUUUUGAAGAUCCCAAUGAGUUACCUGGGUUGAUCCCUGAUGCUUCCCCAGAAGGAAAGCCAAAGGAAGAGGCUCUUGGCGUCGUUCGGCUUGAAGAUGAUUGGGUUCCCUUGGAUGAGCAAUUACGUCCAGAAGAACUUGAAGAGAUUAUUAGGGAAAAGGAUGCACAUUCUAGAGCUGUUGUGCUCGAGAGUAUUGGGGACAUCCCUGAUGCUGAAGUAAAGCCUCCUGAGAAUGUAUUGUUUGUGUGCAAACUGAAUCCUGUCACUGAAGAUGAGGACUUGCAUACAAUUUUUUCACGUUUUGGGAAUGUGGUAUCGGCUGAUAUAAUUCGCGAGUUCAAAACUGGAAACAGCUUGUGCUAUGCAUUUAUAGAUUUUGAGACUAGAGAAGCAUGUGAACGAGCAUAUUUUAAGAUGGACAACGCUUUGAUAGAUGACAGAAGGAUAAAAGUUGAUUUCAGCCAAAGUGUUGCAAGACUAUGGGGUCAGUACCGGCGCAGAGGCAAAGAUUCAGGUGGAGGUUGCUUCAAGUGUGGUGCUGUCGAUCACCUUGCAAGGGACUGUACUGAUGGUCUUGGUUCUAAAAGUCAGGGUCCAAAGUACAUCCUGAAGGAUGAUAACACACAACGUGGUAGUGAUAAUUCCAGGUAUGACAUGGUGUUUGAUGGGGAAGCUCCUGGGAGCCCAAUACAAGAAAAGAGUCGCAGAAGCCAGGGGGAACAAGAUGAACAACUUGACAAGGAAAGGAGGAGGCAUAGAAGAAUCUCAGAUGACCGAGAUGAAGAGAUCAAGGAUUUGUCAAAGGGUAAGAUACGUCAAAAUGACAGAAGGCGUGUCGAUGAAGAUGAUGAUAGUGAUAGACGGCGUGACAGCAAAGCAACUCGGUAUCAACAUGAAAGCAGAAUCAAAGACCACGGUGGUGAUAGGGGAGAUGGUAAAAAGACUAGCACUGCUCAUCACGGUCGCAGAGAAAGAAUAGAGAGCGACAGAGACAAAGAUCAUUACAAGAGGAGGAGUGGGGAAGGCGAUUACUGGAGAAGAAGCGACGAAGGCAAGGAUAGAAUUCACCUGAAAGAGUUGGAUGAUGACAGUAAAGAGCGUAAACGAAGACACGGAGAGAGUGACAGGCAAGAAACGAGGGACAGAGAAGAGCGAGAUGAGGGUAGAGAACACAAGAGAAGAGACCCAGCUGGUGACCACAGGCGAGAAUCCAGGGACAGAGAACGGGAAUAUAGGCACAAGAGUGACAUAAGGAGAUGAAUCAUCAGGAUCACAUGUUUAGCUUUCGCUUUCUUCAUGGUUUCAAGCCUGCACUAUAUUGGGAUAUGUAGUUUAUAGCCUGAACACAUCAAUGCUUUUUGGAAGGAUGCCAUCUAUUGAUGGUUCCCCGGUUCCAUAAUACUAGACAGGAAGGAGUAUGAGAGUGUUUUGUUUGUAUUGUUUCAUCUGCUUUAAUUAUAUCAGGAGACUGCUACUGUGAACAAACUAUCAGCCUAUUUCUCUCUUCAUUGGGUAACAUGCCGGGGCAGAUUCAAUCGCCAAAAUGUACACAUUCAAAGGAACCAUUUGGAUGGGAAAUUUGGUAGUGAGAAACAUGGUCUACCUUAAAAAUGUGGACACACCAUCCUUUUCACUUUUGCAAACGACACCGAGUAUGAACAAGAGAAUGAACACAGCCUAUAAGAAACAGUUAUUUACAGCCUUGUAAUCUUGCAACGUAUAAAGCGAUUCUACUCUGGUAUCCUUUGCCACGUUGUUGGAACUGAAACAUUCAGCUGAGGUAAUGCAUAUGCAUUGAUCAUGAUAUGGAACUCGUUCUCAUCAAUGUCCCAGCAAUGGUUCAUUCAGCAUCUAACUUUCUUCAUUACUGCCACCUCGAAAGAAGCCCUUCGUCUUCUCUCAGCUGUCAAAGUUCAUGAUUCGCCAUAAGUUGUGCCUCUGAUGUUUACCCAACGCAAGCAUUCAGCGGUUGCACGUCUCAUAUCCGUGUUUCUUUGCCUAUGGAUGUGCAUUUUCUUGUUGUUUGUUUCACUUUACAGGUUGUACGCCAACAGUUCUGACACGGAAUCUGUACUGUGGCCGAGGCUCCUCUUCAUCAUUAUCUUCGUCGUCAUCAUCUUCAUCGCUUGAGUCGUCUUCGACGACUCUAUCCCAACGUGCAUAAUCCAACGCCGAGUGUCCCUUUGGUUUCGGAAUCGCCUGCCAACCAUUGGACUGUUGCUCGGGUGAUGCUUUACCAGUCCUCCGUGCCUGUGCAAUAACUUCAGCUGCAAUGGUUCUCUUCGGCUCAGUCUUCUUCUGUGCUUGUGCCAUAACUUCAGCCGUGAUGCUUUUCCUUGGCUCGGAUUUCUGAUCAUCUCUGCCUCCAUCGGAAGACUUCUGCAUGCCUUCUUCCAUAUAUACAGUUGUCCGAUCUUGUUCAAGCAUACUGUUUUGCACUAUGCCAACAUCUUGGUCUUCAACUUCUUCAUCUUCUUCUCCCUCUUCUGAGUCAUCAUAUUUCUCAUCCUCUUCUUCUUCCUCCAACUCGGCUUCGGACUCUGGUAUUGAGUCCUCAAUCGAGUUUCCAGGUUCUGGUAAACUUCCGAAGAUGGAUUCAACUCCAUCAGCCGAUUGACAUCGAACAAGGCCGAGUGAUAGUCUUUCAGCGUCACCAACGUCUGCGCCCGCAGCAUCAAAGCUCCGGUGUGGUCGUAAUCCAGCUCCAGCACGGAAGUACACUCUUCAGCUGCCUUCUUGAAAUCGUGCAACUUGAGGUAGCAAGCAGCUCGGUUGCUAUGGAGGGCAAUCCUCUGCGGCUUAGUCUUGGCGGCGGCGAGCGCUUCCGUGUAGAAUCCUAGCGCGGCGGCGUGCUUCCCCUCUCUGUAGAGCUGGUGCGCCGCCUCGAUCUUGCUCGCCGGCGACUGGGGAGACGACGUCAUGACUCGGAAUGUCCGACGGGGAACAACAAUGGAUUCGUCUCUCUCCGUCUCUCUCUCUCUCUCUCUCUCUCUCUGGGCUUCCAAUCUGAAACUCUCUGUAAAUAAUAAUAGAGCAAUAAUGGCUGACAGAGCAAUUAUAGGCGCCUGACGAUGGAUCAAAACAAUACAACCCUGGUAAUUCGCCUCAGUGCGUUUCCGUCUUUCCUAUUUGGAUUGUCCAAUUUGUAGGCAAGAUGGGAAUUUUCAUUGGAAUUG